GGCGGCGGUGGCGGCGGCGGCGGCGGCAGUGGUGGUGGAGGCGGCGGCAGCAGCGCGGCUGAGGUUCCGUUCCGGGCCGGGACUGGAAGGCGGAAAAGUUGCGGGGCGGCGAGGAGCAGCCCCGGGACGGUCAGCGAGGGCGACAGCGAGCCGGGGAACGGCCUCUGCGGACCCGCCAUGGACGACCUCGACGCCCUGCUAGCAGACUUGGAAUCAACCACCUCCCAUAUCUCCAAACGGCCGGUGUUCUUGUCAGAGGAACCACCCUACUCCUACCCAACUGGAAACCAUACCUACCAGGAGACUGUAGUGCCGCCUCCCGUCCCGCCACCCCCAUCCAGCGAGGCCCUCAAUGGCACGAUCCUUGACCCCUUAGAGGAGUGGCAGCCUACUGGUUCCCGAUACACUCACCAGCAGCCUCCGUCCCCGUCACCCGUGUACGGCGCCAGUGCUAAAACUUCCAGUGCCUCUAACCCCCUGGACGGCGCUCUUUGUUCCCGAGCAGGCGAGGAAGAGCACGUCUAUAGCUUCCCCAACAAACAGAAGUCCGCGGAGCCUUCCCCGACCGUGAUGAGUUCCUCCCUGGGCAGCAACCUCUCGGAACUUGACCGUCUGUUACUAGAACUGAAUGCUGUGCAGCACAACCCUUCGGGCUUCCCUGCAGAUGAGGCCGACACAAGCCCCCCACUACCUGGAGCCUUGACCCCCCUUUAUGGCGUCCCAGAAAAUAACAGUUCCCUGGGAGGAAAACCUGGGCCCCUGGUGAAGGAGAAGCCAAAGCGAAAUGGAAGCCGGGGCCUGGAGGAUGUGCGGCCCAGUGUGGAGAGCCUCUUGGACGAACUGGAGAGCUCUGUGCCCAGCCCUGUCCCGGCCAUCACUGUGAACCAGGGUGAGAUGAGCAGCCCACAGCGAGUCACCUCCAGCCAGCAGCAGACACGUAUCUCGGCCUCCUCUGCCACCAGGGAGCUGGACGAGCUCAUGGCUUCACUGUCGGAUUUUAAGACUAGCUCUUCUGCUGUGGUGCUAUGCUCCCAGGGGCUGCUGCCCAGCUCUCCUCCAUCCCCACCCCUCACCCUUCUUCAUCCUCCUCCUCUCACUAAAUCCUCCCCUGGAGGCCACACCCCCAUGGUCCUCAGUAGGGAAGGAAAUAGUCAGGUCCUUCUACCUUCUGUGGCUCCUGGGAGACUUGAUUUGGUCAGUCUCGAGGGGACAUCUGGCACUCCGAACUCACGGUGUCCCUCUGGGAAGGGUUCUCAGCAGUCAUUUGGAGCUAAGAGCCAGGCUCCAGUUAGGAAUGACCUCGCAGACUCCAUGACUGAGCCCUUCCUGACUCCCCUCUGCCACACUCUGCACCCUGCUGUGAGCACAGGAUCCCAGGGGCUGCUGGCCAGCCAUGCCUGUUCAGAGGAGACGGUGGCUCCCGUUGGGAGAUGGCCACAGACUGUGCCAGCAUCCAGGCCUGAGAUUCCUCACGGAGUGACAUACAGCUUCCUGGAAGGGACCGAGCCAGCUGUCGUGGCAGUGGAUCGGCAGGCUGUCCUCCCAGACACCUGGAGUCUCACCAAGGAAUGUGGCCAGCAGGAGCAAGCACAGUCAGAACCAGGGGGCCUGGGAAGCAGUUGCCCUGCCCCAGCUGACGAGGAGCAGUUAGGUGGGAAGAUUCCCUGGAGAGGAGGCCUGGGGGAAUCAACCGAGGCACUUGAGAACCCAAGGAACCCUGAAGGAGCCACCGAAGCUGCUCUGGAGGCCAGGAAGGAAGAGCCGGAGCUUCCUCAUGCCGGGGUCAUGGGCACACCCAGCACCUCAGAGAGGAUUUCCACCGCUGGCCAGAUCCGCUCUGUGAUCAGGAGGAGCCGGGAGACAGGUCACGUGCAUCCCAUGUCCCGGGAACCCUCCCCUCGCCGCCGGCUGGACCCUGCCACCUUGAGCAGGACCCCAUCCCAGGAGCGGCUCAUUGCAGAGCUGCAGGGCCGGCUGGGCAUCCAGCUGGAGGCAGAGGAGGUGGCGGAGGCCUCUACCCAGGACUGGCUGACUGAAGGCGUUGUCAUCACUGUGCAGCCACGUGGGAGGCAGGCCGGGGGGCAGCUGGUAGAGAAGGUCGUCUACCCUCCCGACUCUCCCAUUCCCCUGAGAAGAACCCUCUCUGUUGUGGCUCCUUCUCCUUCUGACCCUUUGCUCCAGCCUCACCCUGACACCUUGGCCAGCAGCUCUCCUCUCCUGCCCAGCCUGCCCACUCCCUCCUGUCCAGGACCCUUGGCUGGUGACUGUCCUUCUUCUGGGGUCCCGAGUGCAGGGGGAAAGCCCCAGGAGGAGGACGUGCAUGGCCCUCCCGGCCUCACUCCUGUACCGCACAGCGUGAGGUCUGUGGGCUGCCAGACCAACGAGGACACGCUCUUCCGCCCAAUGCAGAUGCACGGCCUGGAACAGAGAGUGGAUGGAGAGCGGCAGUGGGCAGCCGGCUGGCCCCCCAGCAGCAGGCAGAGCAGCCCUGAAGGGCAGGACGAGGGAGGGUUCAUGGCCCAGGGAAAAACUGGGAGCAGCCCACCCCCUGGGGGACUCUCAAAGCCUGGGAGCCAGCUCGACAGUAUGCUGGGAAGUCUGCAGUCUGACCUGAACAAGCUGGGAGUCGCCACGGUGGCCAAAGGGGUCUGUGGGGCCUGCAAGAAGCCCAUUGCCGGGCAGGUUGUGACUGCCAUGGGGAAGACAUGGCACCCCGAGCACUUUGUCUGCACCCACUGCCAGGAAGAGAUCGGAUCCCGGAACUUCUUCGAGCGGGACGGACAGCCUUACUGUGAAAAGGACUACCACAGCCUAUUCUCGCCCCGCUGCUACUACUGUAACGGGCCCAUCCUGGAUAAAGUCGUGACGGCGCUUGACCGGACGUGGCACCCGGAACACUUCUUCUGUGCUCAGUGCGGAGCCUUCUUUGGUCCGGAAGGGUUCCAUGAGAAGGAUGGCAAAGCCUACUGUCGGAAAGAUUACUUCGACAUGUUUGCGCCCAAGUGUGGCGGCUGUGCCCGCGCCAUCCUGGAGAACUACAUUUCAGCCCUCAACACGCUCUGGCACCCAGAAUGCUUUGUGUGCAGGGAAUGCUUCACGCCUUUUGUCAAUGGUAGCUUCUUUGAGCACGACGGGCAGCCGUACUGUGAGGUCCACUACCACGAGCGGCGCGGCUCCCUGUGCUCUGGUUGCCAGAAGCCCAUUACCGGCCGCUGCAUCACCGCCAUGGCCAAGAAGUUCCACCCCGAGCACUUCGUCUGCGCCUUUUGCCUCAAGCAGCUCAACAAGGGCACCUUCAAGGAGCAGAACGACAAGCCCUACUGCCAGAGCUGCUUCCUGAAGCUCUUCUGCUAGGCCCCUCCCGCCACCGCCCUUCCCAGCCAGCGCCAGCCACUGCUACUGUGACCCAAAGACCUCGCCCAGGGGUGAUGGGCCAAUCCCACAGAAACUGGAAGCUUGUCCUCGUCAGGUGCAGGACAGGACUGUGAGGCCCUGCCUGAUCCUCACCCCCACAGUGUCAGGGGCCGCCUUCCCUUCUACAGUUCCCCUGGGCUUUGUGCCCUUCAUCCUCCCCGAGGUGGAGGCCGGGGCCCCGUCGUCCCUAAGUGUGUCCUCAUGAGCCAGCACCCCGCCCUGGGUCCUCUCACUGUUACCUUUCAGGGUGGAGUCAGAGUGGGAGGGCAGCGAGGGUCAACCAGGGCCUCUUUUUAUCCUGUUUCUCUCUAAUUACCCUGAGUGGACUGGGGACACCGGCCCCCUCGAGACAAUGCCAGCAUAAACUCACCACAGGCCACCAAAGGCACCGUGGGCUCCACCGCCCAGUCUCCCAGGGUCUGGGUGACUGCCCCGGGUUUACCGAGAGAGGCUUCUCCAGCAAUAAUGUUUUAUAUAGCCACAUCUCCCUCUCUGGGGAUGGUGUGAGGUAGGGAUGGCCACCUGUGCCUCAACACUACCAAUUUUGAUAGAUUUCUACACUGAGGUUCCACUUCGUAUUGCUCAAGUUGCUUUUACUUCUCUCUACAAGAUGAUUUUGAAGAGAUUUAAAGAACGUCCCCUUUUGUAUUCUUGUCUUUGUCCACUGUCACUGGUCCUGCCAGUGGCCUUGGCUUUGGUAUGGACUUUGCUUUGUACUGAGAGCUUGGGAUGGGGAAACAAUUUGUAUUUUAUUUUGUUUCUUAGCACAAGUGAGUUGAGACCCCCUUCUGUAACUUCACAGCUCCCCGGGACUGUUUUUAACUGCUGUAUUUCCAAACCUCCCUUAUUGCCCAGGCUAACAGGCUCUUCCUUAAGAACUGGUCUGACAGUCUCCAGCCCUUUUGGACCUGGAAUUUUGAACCUCUGUAUCCUGUUCCCAAGGGAGGCAAAGGGGAAAAUAUAUAUUUGGGGUCUGCCUCCUGCCUGAGCAAGCCAUCAGGAGCCAGCCUCUGCCCCUCAUGAACUUUCCGGCAACAAGGAGAACCCACUGGACCCUCAGCCGCCUCCUUGCUUCUCUGGGCUCUUUCUUCCGCCUUCUCAGGAAAGCUGGGGUCUGGUUUUGACCAGGAAGACCGUAAGGGUCUCUGGGCUCAGUCCUACUGGGUGCACCACUUCCUUAAACUUCCUGGUGACUGGGGCAAAGGUUGCCGCCUCUCACAGGUGGGAUUCAUGUAUGUGGGGGGCUGGGGGUACUGGGAAGAAUGCCCUAAGUUGGUGAAGAGAGCCUGGUAGGAUUUGGAGCAGAGGGGCAAGAUCCUGUUAGAGCCUCGAGAGGCUCCAUAGCUCCCACUCCAGAGGAUAGAGUGGGAGCAGCUAACCCUGGAACAGGCACGCUCACCAGAAGGGUCCAGAGGCAGGGGACCCAGACAUUACAUCAGCUUCCUAGUAGAGGCUCCGUUUGAUGGGAUCCCAGACAGGGAUCCUGGGUCAGGGCCGGGCUAGCAGCAGCCCAGGUCCCCGAAGGUGAGCUUGGCGCUCCAGGGGUCUGACACAGCACUGCCACCCACAGGCCUUACUGCUCUGUUUACAGUGACCUGCUCCAGGCCCCUUUCCAAGGAGAGAGAUGGGGUAUCUGGAAGGCCAUUCUCUGGGUCAAUGGAUGUGUGAUCAUUUGACUUUUUUCCUAUAAUCUCCUAACCUGGCUUUUCCAUUUCAAUUCCUGUGAUUUAUGCCAAUAAAGUUUGCCAUUAUUUUCA